UACCUUGUUCUUUUUAUUUUAGCGGGGCAAUAGCUCAGCUUUAAAACUUAAGGGACCUGACUUAUGAAGGAACACUUUUACUCAAAUGAAACUUUACUACUGCUGAUUAACGUGGACACGUUCUGGGGCAGAAAAAGAUGACCCUUCUUUUUCUGUGUUUAAGGUUGUGAGAAUGAACAACUGAUGUAUUCUUCCUUUAUAACUCUUUGGAAUUAAUUCCAACUCAGUGUCCAUUCUGUAUCUUUUCUAGAAUCUCCAGGUAACCCCUAUUCAAAGAUUUUGUUGUCUAGAAAGGAAAUUACCAAAGAAACGGCGAAAAGAACACGGAUUUAGCUAUGACCUGACAUAAAGUGCAGCAGACAAUUCUCCUGUUUCAAAACAUUUCGGAAUCAAAUUUCUAUCACUCUGCAAAUUUCACGUAACCGAACGUUGGGCAAACUUUUCUUUAUGUCUAUCUUUCUUUCUUUCCGUCAUUUUGUUUUAUUUAUACUAGCGCGGCAAAUAGCAUGACGCUGAAACCGUCAAGUGUUAAGGAACUUUAGUACGUAAAUCCUAGCUUCAGUGCCGCGGAUACGUUAAAGGACGGAGGCAGAAGAUCUUUCUUUUUCUGUAAUUAAGGUAGUGAGAAUAAACAACCGAUAACUAAUGCUUCCUUUAGAUCUCGUGGUCGAAAGUUGAAACUAAUGUAUGUCCGUUAUUUAUCUCUUCAAAUGCCGUUUGCAGGUAUUCAUGUGGCUCAACACGGAAAUUACGAAAUAACAGCCAAUAGAACACGGAGAAACAUCUGUGGCCUAGGUAAUCCAAAGAAAGGUUGGAAUAACCCGCCAGAUCCGAUGGAUUUUUGCCCAGUAGCAGACAUUAUGCGAAUAAGGCAUUUAAGAAAUGACGUGUACGCUCAUGCCCCGAAAGCCUCUGUGGACGAUCAUCACUUCAACAUUUACUGGAAAGACAUCCAAACUGUAUUAGUGAGAUUUGGAGGUGCGAGUUAUGCGAAAGACAUAGCGAGACUAGAGACUAAAUGCAUGGAUCCUGAAAACGGACAACAUUUUUUAGGCCUUCUAGAACAAUGGAAAAAAGAUGAUGACAACAUCAAGGAAAAGCUUAAUACCAUUGAAGACAUAUCUGAAAACAACAACAAAAAGCUGAAUACCAUUGAAGACACGACUCUAGACAGCAACAAAGUGAUCCGUGAAAUAGUAAAUGCAUUUGCUAGUAGAGACAAGAUUCCAUGUUCACCAAUUAAAGCAGAAGAAGAAGAAGAAGAAGAAGAAGAAGAAGAAGAAGAAGAAGAAGAAAAAGAAGAAGAAAAAGAAUCUCUGCUUCAAACUAACGCCCAGGGUGCUGAAAAAACUUACAUCCACGCUGCAGGAGCGGUUCAGCCCGAAACAUCAGUAAUCGCUGUAACCGCUUCCGUUGGGAUCGAAAUACGUCGCGAAAUAUUUUGUGGUUUGAUUUACGCUACCGCCGGGAUUACCGCAGUAUAGAUAGGCAUAGCGUAUAGCUUUAGACUUUUAUUUAUUGAGGAUAGCACGUGAUAGUGCACAAACACUAAUAAACUUGUGGUCCUCUUAAUUACAAUAAAUAUAUAAAUACAAUAGAAUCAUUAAUAUAUUGAAAAAA